CCUUUCUUCAUAAUCGUAUCUUGCGAUUCUCUCCGUGCAAUAGGCUCCGUAUAUUCCACCGUCGCCGCCGCCGUCGCCGUCGUCUCCGUAAUCUGACAUCCUGCCGUCGUGAUCGUGCGGGGAACGGUUGAGUUUGUGGUUUUUAAGAGGAAUUGUGCAAUUUGAUGGCUUGGAGGGAGAAUGAGUUUCAUAAGAAUCCGAAGAUGAAGAGCGGAUCGUAUUUCAAUCGGUCGAUGACGGUGUACCAUGGCCGGACCACCUCGCCUGACGCAUUUGGCUUUGGUAAGAAGCCUCCGGUGGAACGGAUGGGAUCCAUCAAGCAUCUGAACACCUUCGAGUCUAUGGUGUCCGUGGCCGGGAAUUCGUUCUCGGGGAAGGUGAAGAAGCUCUGCUCGAUCUUCGACUCGCAGAAAUUUGCGCGCGGAUUGUGGCAAUCGCUGUCUCCGACCUCGAAAUCCUCGGUUUCGGAAUUCGGCGAUUCUCUGCUCCGGCUGCCGGGAACGGAGGACAGAGUGGUGGUGUACUUCACGAGCCUCCGCGGAAUCCGCCGGACGUUCGAGGAUUGCUACACCGCGAGGAUGAUCCUCAAGGGAUUCCGAGUGGACGUGGACGAACGCGACGUUUCCAUGGACAAUGCGUACAAGAUGGAGCUGCAGAACGUAUUAGGGCAAAAGAGCGUGCCUCUGCCUCAGAUUUUCAUCAAAGGAAAGCACAUCGGCGGCGCCGAAGUGAUCAAGCAAUUAAACGAAGUCGGCGAGCUCCCCAAAUUGCUCCGCGGACUCCCCACCCGACCUCCCGGCUACGUCUGCGAAGGCUGCGGCGAUGUACGCUUCGUUCCUUGCACGCACUGCGACGGCAGCAGGAAAUUCUUCGACGAGGACGACGGACAGGUGAGAAGGUGCCCCGUCUGCAACGAGAACGGCCUAAUUCGCUGCGAUUACUGCUGUGAUUGACUACUGCAUAAAAUUUGGAGAUGGAUUAAGGUAUCUCACUCAUGGUGAGAUACUAAAGGUUUUAGUAUAUAUGUGUAUAUUUCUUGUGAAGGUUGCAUCUGCAGGAUCCUCUGUGCAGCUUAUGGCCAUUUCAAAACUCCAUUGAAGAUAAUAAAUCACAGUUUUUUAA